AUGGAGGAGAAAUUGAAGUACCUGACUCUCGUCGGAGCCGGAGCUCUAAUCGGAUCUGUGUCCACCGUCGCUCUCCUUAAACUUCUCUCCAGUGGUUCACUGAAGCAGCACGAUCAAAACCCAGAAGAGACUAAGAAGCUCUUAGGAAAUGGUUUUGAAUCUGUAACAACACCAACUACAGCCGCAACUGGUCAGGAUCUUUUGAAUGAUGAAAUUGUUUCUGAACAUUUAACCAGGAAUAUCCAGUUUUUCGAUCUUGAAGCUCAGCGUAAAGUAACAGGAUCAUAUGUUGUGGUGAUUGGACUUGGAGGUGUAGGGAGUCAUGCUGCAUCUAUGCUCUUAAGGUCAGGUGUUGGAAAGCUCCUCCUCGUCGACUUUGAUCAGGUGUCACUAUCAUCGUUGAAUCGACACGCUGUUGCAACACGAGAAGACGUUGGUAUCCCGAAAGCUACAUGUCUCAAGAACCAUUUCUCUUCGAUCUUUCCUGAGUGUCAUGUUGAAGCCAAGGUGAUGCUGUAUGACUCGUCUUCUGAAGAAGAGAUUCUUUCAGGCGAUCCUGAUUUCGUUUUGGACUGCAUUGACAACAUUGAUACAAAGGUGGGACUUUUGGCUGCGUGUGUUAAGAGAGGUUUGAAAGUUCUGUCUGCAACUGGCGCAGGUGCUAGAGCUGAUCCAACAAGAAUCAGAGUGGCUGACUUAAGAGAGUCGACUAUUGACCCGUUAUCUCGUUCUGUAAGACACAGAUUGAGGAGAGAACAUGGCAUUGAAGGAGGCAUUCCUGUAGUGUUUUCUUUGGAAAAACCGAAAGCAAAGCUGCUUCCAUUUAAGGGGCCAAAUGGAGAAGACGAGAAUCCUUCAGAUUAUCAAGUUGUUCCUGGAUUUCGUGUUCGGAUAAUUCCUGUUCUUGGAACCAUCCCGGCGAUUUUUGGACAGAUCAUGGCCUCCUAUGUUAUAACACAGCUUGCUGGUGUGCAAGUUCAGAUGGAGCCCAUAGUGAAUCUAGAUUUGGAUCAUUACAGAACGCUUCAUCAACGCCUUAUCGAGCAUGAGGAAACGGUUUAUGGCACAUCUGCAGAAGUCCAGGUAGAUGUUGAGGAAGUGAAGUACAUAGUGAAAGAGUUGUGGCACGGACGAAGUGCUAGAGAUGAGGUUGCAAAAGAUGUUGGGAGAGGAAUGUGGAGAGCCAUGAAUGAGCUGAUGCUCGUGAGAUGGGAUGCAAAGAAGCCAGCAUCAGUCUCAAACUUGAUUCUUUUGAAGUUCAAAGAGGCGGAUGAACAUGAAGGUAAGACUCUUGAGGAAGUGAAGGAAAGUGAAACAGAGUUCUUUGAAAAAGUUUCAUGCGUGCUGAAGAAGGCAGAGAUUGAUUUCUUUGGCUAG